AUGGCCCUGACGUCGAGCUCAUCGACGUCGCAAGCUUCCUCUCACCUUCCAUCUCUUCCUCCUCAACGAUUCUAUCAUACAUCGCCCCCUUCCCUCAGCGACGACUCGUGCGGAAAACCGACGCCCAUCAGAACGCCCUCGAGAUCCUUCAGCAGCAGGGCCAACAGCACGGAGCUAAAUGACCGUGUGGCCGUCAUCACGGUCCGCAAGCCACCCCAAGCGCAUCGAGAAGGGGACACGAAGCCCUCCGGCCCGUACGAUUUUGCCAGUCGCCGAACGGACCAUUGCGACACCGACGACGAGUACGACGAGUACGACCGCGCAGAGGACGACGCCCUCGUGCUGGAGGACCCUGUCGCCGGUAUGUCAAGCUGGGCCGGCCAGCCCUCCAUCAGGGGGAGCUCCGAGGCCAUGCGGAUGGUUCUCUUGACGUUCAACACCCUUGGUAUCACCUUCACAUGGGGAAUUGAGAUGACAUACUGUACUCCCUACCUUCUCAACCUCGGCCUCACAAAGAGCAAUACCUCGCUGGUGUGGAUCGCGGGGCCGCUGUCUGGGCUGUUGGUGCAGCCCAUCGUCGGCGCCAUCGCCGACGAGUCCAAGUCGAAAUGGGGCAGGCGGCGACCCUUCAUCGUUAUGGGUUCCAUCAUUGUCGCCUUCAGCCUACUGACGCUGGGGUUCACCAAGGAGAUCGUGGCGCUCUUCGUAACGGACAAGGAGACCGCCCGGGUCUUAACCAUCACCCUCGCAGUCCUGGCGAUUUACGUCGUCGACUUUGCCAUCAACGCCGUCAUGUCUUGCGCGAGGAGCCUAAUCGUCGACACGCUGCCGAUCGAAAAGCAGCAGACCGGCGCCGCAUGGUCUAGCAGGAUGUCCGCCAUUGGACACAUGUUGGGCUAUGGAGCCGGCGCCAUCGACCUGGUCGGCACCUUUGGCACGACCAUGGGCGACUCACAGUUCAAGCAACUCACCUUGAUGGCGACCUUCCUCAUGGUCUUCUCCUCGGGCGUCACCUGCUGGGCCGUCACCGAGCGGGUCCUGGUCUCGACGAGGCACGACCCCCGCAGAGCCACCGGCCGGUUCAAGGUGUUCCGCCAGAUCUGGUCGACGCUGCUCCAUCUCCCGCCUCGGAUCCAGGCUAUCUGCUGGGCCCAGUUCUGGUCCUGGAUCGGCUGGUUCCCGUUCUUGUUCUACAGCACCACGUGGGUUGGCGAGACGUACUUCCGCUACGAUGCUCCCGCCGAGGGGAAAGACUCCAAAGACGCCCUCGGAGACAUCGGUCGCAUCGGCAGCUUGGCGCUCGUCAUCUACUCGACCAUCACCUUCCUCGGUGCUUGGCUCCUCCCCCUCGUCGUAAAGUCGCCCGACGAUGACAACUUCACGGCGCGUCCGCCGCAGGCCAUCGCCCCAUUCCUGGACAGGUUCAACAAGAACAAGCCGGACCUCAUGACGGCCUGGAUCUGCGGCCACCUGAUGUUCGCGGCGGCAAUGUUCCUGGCCCCCUUUGCCCAGAGCUUCCGCUUCGCAACGUUCCUCGUUGCCUUCUGCGGCCUGUCCUGGACCAUCGCCAUGUGGGCACCUACGGCCUUCCUCGGUGUUGAGGUCAACAAGCUGAGCGGCGCCCGCGAGGGCGGUCCGGCAUCGUACCGCCGCCUCUCCCACGAGUCCAACAUCGAGCUCCCGACACUGGGCCAGGACCAGCCGCUGCACCUUGAGCACGGGCCGAACGAGGGCGGCGAGCCGACGACGUCGUCGACAGGCGAGCUGUCGGGCAUCUACUUUGGCAUCCUUAACAUCUACACCACGCUACCGCAGUUCAUCGGCACCUUCAUCAGCACCAUCGUCUUCACCAUCCUGGAGCCAGGCAAGAGCCCCGAGCUCUCGGACGCGCCCGAGGAAGAGCACCACAGCACCGACGGCCCCAACGCUAUCGCCGUGUGUCUCUUCAUCGGUGCCAUGUGCGCCGUGAUGGCGGCGUUCGUAACACGGAAGUUAAAAUAUCUAUGA